GCCCAGUUGUGGGCACUUGCCCUUCUUAAAAAUGGCUACCACAGCACUUCAGGAAAGAAACCGCUCUGGGCCCCGCCUUUGAUCUCGUUGGUGGGUCUGGGGGAUGCGAGCUGCACCGCGCGGGACAAGUCGCCGGCGGCGCCCGACGGAGCAGGAGAGGAGAGAGCAUGGAGCUGGAGAGGAUUGUCAGUGCAGCCCUCCUUGCCUUUGUCCAGGCGCACCUCCCAGAGGCUGACCUCAGUGGUUUGGAUGAGGUCAUCUUCUCCUAUGUGCUUGGGGUCCUUGAGGACCUGGGCCCCUCAGGCCCAUCAGAGGAGAAUUUCGAUAUGGAAGCCUUCACUGAGAUGAUGGAGGCCUAUGUGCCUGGCUUCGCCCACAUCCCAAGGGGUACAAUAGGGGAAAUGAUGCAGAAGCUCUCAGGGCAGUUGAGUGGUGCCAGGAACAAAGAGAACCUGCAGCCACAGAGCUCUGAGGUCCAAGGUCAGGUAUCUAUCUCCCCAGAGCCUCUGCAGCGGCCCGAAAAGCUCAAAGAAGCAACAGUGUCUUCUCCUGUUGCUGCUGGGGACACCCAAGAUGAGGCAGCUGGCGCUGAGGAGGAGCUGCUGCCGGGGGUGGAUGUACUCCUGGAGGUGUUCCCUACCUGUUCGGUAGAGCAGGCCCAGUGGGUAUUGGCCAAAGCUCGAGGGGACUUGGAAGAAGCUGUGCAGAUGCUGGUAGAGGGGAAGGAGGAGGGGCCUCCAGCCUGGGAUGGCCCCAACCAGGACCUGCCCAGGCGCCUCAGAGGCCCCCAAAAGGAUGAGCUGAAGUCCUUCAUCCUGCAGAAGUACAUGAUGGUGGAUAGCGCAGAGGAUCAGAAGAUUCACCGGCCUAUGGCUCCUAAGGAGGCUCCCAAGAAGCUGAUCCGAUACAUCGACAACCAGGUAGUGAGCACCAAAGGGGAGCGAUUCAAAGAUGUGCGGAACCCUGAGGCUGAGGAGAUGAAGGCCACAUACAUCAACCUCAAGCCAGCCAGAAAGUACCGUUUCCACUGAGGCACUUGCCGGACUCUGCCCGAGCCGUCUAGGCUCAGAUCCCAGAGGGAUGCAGGAGCCCUACGCCGCCACACAGGGCCCGCCCUAACUCCUGUCCCCGCCUUCUUUCCCUACUUCCUUGCUCCACAGUGUUAACCUCCUCUUGGAGCUGCCACGGGCACAGUAAAGGUAGCCCCAGGAA